GGCGCCUCCAGGACAGCAGCGAUGAAGCACUGUUUCUACAAUGAGACCGUGGGGUUCUUCUACAACAACAGCCGCAAGGAGCUGACCACGUACUGGAGGACAAAGGAUGUCUUGGUGGUCGCCCUGGGCUUGACAGUGAGCGUCAUUGUGCUCCUCACCAACCUGUUGGUCAUCACGGCUAUCGUCAUCAACCGGCGGUUCCACUACCCCAUCUACUACCUGCUGGGGAACCUGGCGGCUGCUGACCUCUUUGCUGGCAUUGCCUACAUGUUCCUCAUGUUCCACACAGGGCCCAGGACAGCUGAGCUCUCGCUGAAGACCUGGUUCAUCCGCCAGAGCCUGCUGGACACCAGUCUGACCGCCUCGGUGGUGAACCUGCUGGCYAUCGCUGUGGAAAGACACCAGACUGUUUUCACCAUGCAGUUACACAGCAAAAUGUCCAACCAGCGCGUGAUGAUCCUGAUCUUCUGUAUCUGGGUCACGGCCCUGCUGCUGGGGCUCAUCCCAUCCUAUGGCUGGCACUGCCUCUGCGCCCUGGACAAGUGCUCCAGGAUGGCGCCGCUCUACAGCAGGAGCUACUUGACCUUCUGGGCCGUCUCCAACUUGGUCAUCUUUCUCAUCAUGGUGGUCGUGUACACCCACAUCUUCAUCUACGUCAAGAGGAAGAUGACCCGCAUGUCCAAGCACACCAGCUUCCACCCCCGCUACAAGGAGACCAUGAUCAGCCUCGUCAAGACGGUCACUAUUAUCCUUAGUGCCUUUGUCAUCUGCUGGACACCAGGACAAGUCGUGCUCCUGCUGGACGGCCUGGGCUGCAAGAGCUGCGACGUUCUCGCUGUGGAGAAAUACGUCCUUUUGCUGGCCGAGAUCAACUCGUUGAUAAACGCUAUUGUCUACUCCUACAGGGACAAUGAGAUGCGCAGCACCUUCCGCAGGAUCCUCUGCUUCGUCUGUUACAGGAAUUCCAGAUACACCCCUACAGUAGUGAAGUUAAACACCACAGACCGCAGGACACUUUCGCAGAACGGGCACUUCACCGUGGACUCCUCUAUUUAGUUGCUCGGUGCUGCGUUUGUCUGCCCUGCUCCGGAGCAAGCCCUUGCGUGAGCCACAGCGCAGAGCCCGAGCGACCUGCUUGCAAAGCAGCACUGUUCUCUCCUGGUCAAGCAUAAAUAUUUGUAUAAAAUACCUGCCGUCCAUAUCGGGACAAGAAGCUUCUGAGGGACUGAACGGUACGCUGUUUAGGACGAACGUACUUUGAGUAGUAUUCUUAUUAAAGACUGCUAUUUUUAAUGCCAAGUUGAUUUUAAUUUAGCAGCAUCUAGAGGUAUGCUACAUGCAGCAAGCAUCUCCUGUGACCUUCUCUCCACGAGUACGGUAUUUUUUGGUACUUCAGUAUUACUGCUUCCCGAAAUAGCCGUUCCAAUGGUAGCAUAUUCCAGGGUCAAAGCCCCAAGCCCCUGAGCUCUGCUGGCUGCUGCUUAAACAGAGCCGCUUUCUGGGUCUCAAGGGAGUCUCCAGGUUGUGUCCUACCGCUUUUCAAAGCCACCCUCUUCUAAAGGCCUCCUCAGAGAGGAAUCUUUGGGAGGUGCUUCCCGAGAAGCCGACUGUUGCUUUCCCCAAGCGUGGGUACUGAAUUUCCAAGGCUUGUGGGGCUCUCUGGGAUAUCUGAUCUGGGAUAUUUUCUGAAAACGUGACGUGGUGCCUCCACUAGCUGCAGUUGUUUGCCCUGCUCAGUGGUCCUAGGUGGUAUUCACAAAUUCUCCUAAAUGUGGAGUGAGUCAUAUUCCCAUGAAAUCAUCUUUCCACUCGCCGACAGCCCUUUGGGACAAGUCCACGCUAGGUUCCAAGGCAAUCACUAUUUUGCCUUAGGUUUUAACGUGCAGUUUGUAAUCAACAGUCACUGCUCAAAUAACGUGCUAGCCAUCUGCUCAAAUGUAAUGUUUCUCUCAGCAAAGCAUCGUAAGAAAUUAGCAGUAUUAUUUAAUGUUAGUGAAUGUAGGACCUAGCUCUCCGCUGAGUAAAUCAAUUUUCUGCACUUGAAAUGGUGUAAACUGGCGCUCUCGCUUUGGAGACCGUGACUGGAGAACAGACACUUUCCUGGUAAGAGAAUAUUCCUGCCUGCACCAUGGAACUGUAAACCCUUGUCCAGGUUUUCGAGCCCAAUGCUUUGAGGACAAUGUGGAAGUGUCAAAUCCCAAUCCCAACCAGCUUUUAUCGUGAGCAGAGAGGCCAGUAGGAA